GAGGGGCUGCCGCCGAUGAGGGCUGAAGCCGGGUGCGCGGCCGGCUGCGGACGGCGGAGCCGCGGGCGCCGCUGCGGGCGAGGCGGGGGCUGCGGCCGCGGCCAUGGCCUGGCCCUGCAUCAGCCGGGUGUGCUGCCUGGCCCGCUUCUGGAGCCAGCUGGACAAGUCCGACCUGUCCGUGCCGCUCACCAUCCACAACUACUCGGACAUCGAGGAGCAGGAGGACGGGGCGCCCCAGCGCGGCGGGCAUCCCCCGCGGGGCAGCGCCCGCCCGCCCGCCCCGGCUCCGCGCCCGCGGGACCCCGCCGCAGGGAAGCCGGGCGGCCGCAGGAAGGGCCGGGCGGUCGCCGCCGGGGAGCCCUUCGCGGCGGAGACCCAGUACCGGCGGGACUUCAGAGCGUGGCCCCUCCCGAGGAGGGACGCCUUCCCCUGGGUCAGCGCCAGCAGUGGCGGCGGCGGCGGGAGGGACGGGGCCGCCCCCCAGCCCGCCCCGGGCCGCGCCGCCUGCGCCCUGCCCGGUGGCGGCGGGAGGCCGGGGGCGGACGGCUGCGGCGGCCCCGAGCAGCUCCGGCCGCGCUCGCAGGCGGACAGCGGCCACACCACCUCCUACAGGCAAGAGUAUCGCCCGUGGACUGGAGCAAAACCAUCCAAGCCUAUAAAAACAAAGCAAGGCUUCAUUAUCCCAGAAGACCAUUUUGUUCAAGAAACAAGCUACAAGGCAGAUUUUAAGAUCCCAGAGGUGAAGACCAGGUUCUCCCCCAACCCUUCUGCUGUUUUCCAGGCGCCGUCACGGAUCCUCAACGUGUGAACCCGGACCCUCCUCGCACCCAGGCAGCUUCAACGCGGCGUUUCUGUUAAGAUGUAUCACUAUGCAACUUUCAUGAGGAGCGUUAAGAUCAAAGAGCCGGUAUUAUCAGAAGGGGCUCCAGUGAUUAAUGAUAUGCACACACACUUUCUGGUAACACAACAAACCGCAAAGCGCUCGGUUCAGAGCUGGCAAAACGCGGGGCUGUGAGGACUGACCUAGUUUUUCACGGGUUCGUUGCUACGCCAGCUGGCGUCACAUUAGGAGAUCGACUUUGGGCAGCAAAGGCAGGGUUUGCAGGCAACAUCCCUACGCCGAACUACACAGGGUGGGUGGGGGGGGAAACAACCACAAGCGGGAUGGAUAAUUAAAACCAAGAAAAAAAAAAACCCCCAAAACCCCAAAAGAGUUUGAUUUAGCAGCACGCUGUAAAUGGGCCAGUGAAAGGCUGACUUCUGAGCUGCUUGAGGGGGUUUUGGAAAUCGGACCUCGAAUGUCAUCACCAGAAAUCAUGGCAUCAAAGGGGCUGGUCUGAACUUCCAGGGUUGUUUUGGAAGCUGGAGGAGGGCAGAAUCGCUGCAUGCUAAAAUAAAGCUGGCACGCGCGGUGCCUUGGGGCUUUAAGGCUGGAAAGCUGGGUAUUUCCAAAAUCGGUGGGCUGAAGCAGGGGCACAAGGGGAUUGAACUUUGGGGGACAGCCCUGACAGCAACACCCCAGCCUGGUUCGGAGAGGAUUGCAUGGACGGAGUCAGCAAGCACCUACCAGACUCCAGAGGAUCUAAAAAAAUUUAUCUAAUUUGUAUAGCUGUUAGGGUGAGUGUAAAUAUUGUAUAUUGAUUUUACCUAAAGCAAUUUGUGAUCCUUUAAUGAAAAGGACAUGCUUAUACUUUUAAUAAAUAUUAACUCUUUGCAUAUGCAAGGUGGAAAAUAUUGCCUUGAAAUUCCCAAAUUAUUGCCUGUGUAUUGGUAUCAGUAACGCUAAUGCUAGGAACAACCAGAAGCGAAUGUUACUUAGAAACUCUUCCUAAAGAAAAACGUAACGUAGAAUGUAAGACAUCCUUCAUUUUUAAGAUAGGCCACUUUAAGUGUCAUUAUUCUAAAGCUGAUUUUUUUAGAUUGCUGUGCAUUUAACUUUUGCUGAGGUACACGUGUUUUAAGAAACCCUUUUUUUAGCCUUUGUCCAUCGAGACUGUAGUGGGUUUACAGUUUCUAUCUCAAUGACUUAUGCAAUAUAAUUAGUCUACUGCUUAUUUCAUGGUUUUGCUAGUUAUUUCUUUUGGGGAAAAAAAACAAUUGAAAAACUUUUACUUUAUGUGUUUGAAACAUACAAAUGCGUUGGCUAGAACGGAAGGGAACUAUCCUCGGACUCGAACAGCGACGGGACACAGUCGUUCAUCUGUAAUGAAAUGGACUUUAACACAGGAGGAUUCCUUUCUUAACCUUCCUACUAGCUGAAGUCAAAAGCAAAUUUAGUGAACUUUGGGGACUCCGCAAACACGUAUGCAUUGCUGAUAAUUCCCGUAAGAACAAUUUUUGAACUGUUGGCAUGCGGAUUGUAUUCGGAAUACGUGCAGACAGCACCUCCCCGCUGCAUCACGUGGGAAUUGAACGGCGCCAGCUCUGCUCCUUACGCUAGUGGGACCGAACACAGCCACGAGAACAGGUAACAUCUGCGGUGAGCUGCCUCUGGUUGGGACAAGGGACGGCACGUCCCACACUCAUCCUCGCAUCCGGAGGAACGUCCAGGAAUACCAGUGCUUGCCAAAAUAAUUUUUCAGGAGAUUCAUUUUUCAGGAAAUUCAUUGGAAACAUUCAAACUGUACUAAAGGUUUUGCAUGUUAGAUGUUUUUAAGAGUUCAAUCUGCUUGUUUAAUCUCUUUGUAAUGUUUUUAACGGUUUUGUUCAAACAAUUUAAGUUCAUUUCAAUCCUGGACUUUAUUAAGAGAAAAAAAAAAAGGGAAAAGAAAAAAAUUAUAAAUUGUCUAUUCAGUCUCUCUUCUUAAUUCACUGUAUUUCUUAAAAAAAAAUAAAAAAAUCAGCCCAGUUCUA